AUGAGGUUGGCGGAUACGUUGUUGUUGACCACUGGUCUUGUACCACUGACAUUCGCUGCGCCGGCAAUCCAUGGACGGGCCAACAACAGCACAUGUAGGAAGACCACUGUCGCCAUCAUCGGUGGCGGAGUUGCCGGUAUCACAGCAGCUCAAGCGCUUGCCAAUCAAUCAGUUACCGACUUCCUGAUUCUCGAGUACCAAGACCACAUCGGCGGCCGCAUGCGAAACACAAAGUUCGGUUCCGACUCCAACGGCGACCCUUAUACCGUCGAGCUCGGCGCAAACUGGAUCUCUGGUCUGGGUGAAAAUACAGUAGACGGUCCAGAAAACCCUGUCUGGACUUUCUCAAAACAAGUCAACCUUUCCAGCCCAAAUUCCGACUCCUUCUCCGUCGCCACCUACAAUGAGACGGGCGCUGUUGACUUCACGAAUUUACUGGAUGAGUUUGAAGAGUACUGGAGUGUUUUCGAGCAAAGUGCUGGAACGCUACUCUCUGAGAACUUGCAAGACAGGAGCUUCCGUGCAGGUCUUUGGCAAAGCGGGUGGAGACCAAAGGGCGACCCGGCGCGCAAGGCUGUGGAGUACUAUCUUUGGGAUUGGGAAACGGCUCAGACACCUGAGGAAUCAAGCUUCGUCUAUGGCAUUACGGGAUACAAUCUGACCUACUAUGGCUUCUCCGAGGUCAGCAACUUCUGCACCGACCAACGCGGCUUCAACACCUGGCUCAAGCACCAAGCCUCCAAAUUCCUCAAACCCGCCGAUCCCCGCCUCCUCAUCAACACCAUCGUAACAAACAUAACCUACUCCGACACUGGCGUCCACAUCCUCAAUUCAGACAACACCUGCAUCGAAGCCGACUACGCCAUCUCCACCGUCUCCCUCGGCGUCCUCCAAAACGACGCCAUAACCUUCUCGCCCACCCUCCCUGACUGGAAGCAAUCCGCCAUCGCCACCUUCUCCUUCGGAACCUACACAAAACUCUUCUUCCAAUUCAACGAAACCUUUUGGCCAACCGACAAGCAAUUCUUCCUCUACGCCGAUCCCACAACGCGCGGAUACUACACCGUCUGGCAGAGUCUAUCGACAGAAGGGUUCCUGCCCGGUUCCAACAUCCUCUUCGCCACGCUUGUAGACGAACAGUCAUACCGUGUGGAAGCGCAGGACGAUGAGACGACGAAAGCGGAGGGUAUGGCUGUUCUCCGCAAAAUGUUUCCUAACAUCACGGUUCCGGAACCUAUUGCGUUUACCUACCCGCGCUGGACCCAAACACCCUGGUCCUACGGUUCCUACUCCAACUGGCCUGCUGGAACGACACUCGAAAUGCACCAAAACCUUCGCGCGAAUGUAGGUAGGCUGUAUUUUGCGGGCGAGGCGAUGAGUGCGGAGUACUUUGGUUUCUUGCAUGGUGCGUGGUUUGAGGGGCAGGAGGUGGGUGAGCGCAUUGCGGGUCGGAUUACGACGGAGUGUGUUAAUACGGGGAGUGGGUGUGGGGAUUAUAAUCGGUAUGAGGUGCUGCGUGGGACGACUGAGUUGUGGGAGGUUAAUGCGUUUAAUGGGAUGGGGACGAGUCCGUUUUUUGUGGCGGAUACUGGGGAGGCGGAGUAG